CCUUUCGCGCUUCUUCCCUGACUUCCACCUCACCUCUUCCCUUUUCUUCUCUAUCACUCGUCCCUAUUCUUAUCGUGCCAGUAUGUCAAACAACAAAGCAGAAGGUCGUCGUGAAGACGCACUAGCCAAACAACGCGACCAAAUGCGCGAGGAAUUUGAACGUCAAAAGAAAAAUCUCAUCAAUGAAACCGAAAAGGCUCGCCCAUCGUCGAAUCGUUUCGUUGGUCAACAUGACUCUAUGGAAGAUUCUUUGAAACAUAGCACUGUUGGCCUCGUUCAUUUAGAAGAGUUUCAACAGAAGAGAAAAGAGAUUGAGGAGGCUAAAGCUCGAGAAGCUGCGCGUACAAAUGAACUCAAAGACGAAACGAAGAAGGCCAAGAAAAGGAAGAAGGCUGCAAAGGCCACUUUGUCGUUCGCUGUGGACGACGAAGAGGGUGACGGUGAUGCAUCCGGAGGCACUUCUCGGCAAUCUCCCAAGGAGGAUGGUUCGGAGGAACCACCGAUGAAGCGAAGCAGAUUCCGCAAGAAUCCCAACGUCGAUACCUCGUUCUUACCAGAUAGAGAGCGAGAAGAGGAAGAGAGGAAGGAGCGCGAGAGACUGCGCCAGGAGUGGAUAAGGAGACAAGAGGAGCUUAAGCAGGAGGACAUUGAGAUCACCUACUCUUACUGGGAUGGAAGUGGUCAUCGAAAAACUGUUACAUGCAAGAAGGGAGACAAAAUUAGUACUUUCCUGGAGAAAUGCAGGCAACAGUUCCCCGAACUUCGAGGCGUCAGCGUCGAUAACCUGAUGUAUGUCAAGGAGGAUCUCAUUAUUCCACAUCAUUACUCUUUCUACGAAUUCAUCGUGAACAAAGCUCGCGGGAAGUCGGGACCCCUUUUCAACUUCGACGUACAUGACGACGUUCGUCUUCUCGCGGAUGCUACGAAGGAGAAGGACGAGUCGCAUGCUGGAAAAGUCGUGGAGAGAAGCUAUUAUCAGAGGAAUAAGCACAUAUUCCCUGCUUCUAGAUGGGAAGUAUUCGAUCCAGAGAGGAACUACGGAAAGUAUACCAUUUCUUGAUAGUCUACUUUCAGUGCUCGUCGCUCGUAGUUACUUGAAUUCUGCUUGGAGCAUCUCAGUCAAAGCCACUGCUCAGAUGCGUG